UUGCGGACGUCAUCAUCACGCGUCCGAAGUGUGUUCAGUACAAUGAAGGCCUUUGCCGCGCCAUAUGUUUCAAUGGAAUAGAAAGCCGCACUAACGCUGAACAAGUAGAAAACGGACCGGCGGCAACCACAAAUAUUUUUCCCUUAAGAAAAUGGAGUCAUUUGACGACAUUGCUCAAGACAGCCAUGAAGAGAAAACGUCUCGCACUGCUGCGCAGAAACGGGCUGAGAUCCGCAGGAGGAAGCUGUUAAUGAAUUCCGAAGACAGGAUGAAUAAAAUCGUGGGAUUCAGUAAGAGCGACGGGGAAAGCAACGAAACCAGACGUGUGAUGGAGCCACGUUUCCACCUGGACCUGGACCGGAACGACACCUGGUCUCCUCCUGUUUCCUCCAGAAGACUCUCCCCAUACGUGGGGGAGGUGGGUGGGAACAGCAGCACGCCCUGUGAUACACCCGAGCGGAGAGGCUCGCCUAUCCUGGGCACCAGGGCCGGACCGGAGGAGGAGGACAUGGCCCGAACGGCACGGCAGAGGCCGCGGGGUGAGCUGAGCGUUGACCCGCGCUCCCGCUCCCCACGCAGGGGCCUACAGAAGUACCUGUCUCGCUUUGAUGAUGCAAUGAAACUUAGGGGGCAGCUGGCCAGUGAGAAGGCAGCGCAGGACAGUGGCGGCAAUGGCGACGAGCUGGACUCCUUUCGGCUCUUUCGCCUCACGGGAAGCGCUCUUCUGGCCAUCUUUGUGCGUGUCUUCGUGUGCCAGUACUUGUCCAUAUUUGCACCAUUUCUCACUCUCCAGUUGGCCUAUAUGGGAUUAUACAAAUACUUUCCAAAGGUGGAGAAGAAGAUGAAGACCACUGUUCUCACUGCAGCACUGCUGCUGUCCGGCAUCCCAGCGGAGGUGAUCAACCAUUCCAUGGACACUUACCGGAAAAUGGGUGACGUUUUCUCAGACCUCUGCGUUUAUUUCUUUACAUUUAUCAUGUGUCAUGAGAUGAUGCUCUUAUUCAGCUCCGAAACACCCUAAUGGGUGAAGGCAGUGUUACAGUGACGAAGUCCAGGAAGUCUGCCCCUAUGCCACGCCUCCUGCGUUUGCACCUCUUUGUAAACAGGUUAAGGUCGUUCCCACACCCACACUACGGUCAGACGGUGUGUUCAGAUGUCGUCAUGGGUGGUGAACAGCCAUUCUGUGCUGGAGACUUAAACAUGUGCUAGGACUGCAGUUUGUGUGUGUUUUUACUUUGGAGGUACAAUUUCAUCACCAUUUUCUUUGUAGUGCUUUUGCUGGGCCCGGGUAACGUUUGACGUUUUCUCUCAAGCAUGCAGUAUGUCCUGUAUAUGAGGUUCGCGUUUAACAGCUGUGCUGAACACAUGACUCUCUCACCUGGACCCCAGGUCAAAUAUUUAGCUGCUGUCCAUGAGCUAAUGCAGUCACGCAUUAGACUAUUUUUGUGUGUUCACCUCUUGAUGUAUUUACUACAUGCAGGAUUUUGGUUUGUAGAGUCUAGUGGUUGUGUUCAGACUGUCUGGCUUUGAUGAGUAUUUUGUCUGUUCACCUGUAAAUUCUGUUUUUGAAUUUUAAUUAGAAGUAAAUAACUUUAUUUGAGCAGAAACACUUAUCUAUGACUAUUGACUCGGUGAUUUUGAUUUUACAACAUUGUGUGAAAUAAAUGUUGUAUUAUUUA